UCUUACCUCCAUCUAACAAAAUGAAUACAGCUAUAAAAAAUGAUGUUCAAAACGUUGCGUUUUCGAUGGCAUUCAUCACGAAUUGCACACUGAUUUUAUUGAUUUUUUCAAGAUCUCCUUUCAAACUGGGGACUUAUAAGUACCUGAUGGUUUACUUUGCCUCAGUUUCUUUGUUUUAUUCAUUUCUUGAAUGUUUACUGAAUCCGUUAUUACUAUCAUAUAAAGAUUGCUUUCAAGUGAUCGUGAAACUACAAUUCUCAAACCCAAAAGUCGAUCGUUAUAUUUUAUAUUACGGUUGUGGAAUCUGCGGAGUUCUGAUGCCAAUGUUCGUUGUUCACUUUAUCUUCCGAUAUUUUGCAAUGCAAAGAAAAGGGAAUCUGAAAUAUUUUGAAGGAUGGUACUUUCUAUAUUGGUUGUCUGUACCGCUUAUUAGUGGAUUCUUGUGGGCUCAGACACUUUUUGCGUUUUUAUACGAAGAUACUGAAAGCUCGGAUUAUAUGAGAGAAAUAUUACUUGAAAAUUAUGGUCUAAAUAUCUCUGAUAUAACCUAUGUGGGAGUUUUAUACUACAAAAAGUCAAUUUCCGGUAGCGGCACUGAACCAAAUUUUACUGGACUUCAAGGUGUUUGUGUUUUGGGUACAAUUAUGACAGUAUGCUUCUGCUUCAUUAUUUACUUCGGUACAUUGACCUACAAAAGAAUCAUGCAUUUGAUAUUGGAAGGAAGAUCAGAAUAUACGAGAAGACUUCAAAAACAAUUGUAUCAAGCACUUGUUAUUCAGACAAUAAUUCCCAUAUUCUUUUUGAUUCUACCACUUACCAUAUACUUCUACUCUCCGUUAUUCCAUUUUGGUAAUCAAACGAUUGGUGACUGGACUGCUUUGAGUACAGCCAUCUACCCGAUUAUUGACCCGCUACCUGUCAUUUUUGUCAUUGACAAUUAUAGACUCGCAGUUUUAGAAUUUUUCGGAUGCAUCAAACCACAAAGAACAGUUUCUAUAAAUGUGACUUCAAGUAGCAAUGCGGCAGUGGAGAAUUAA